AUGACUGCCUUUGGGAAGGCUCUUGGUUGGGCUGAAGUCCCCGGAUUCGAUAGGAGCUUGAGUUGGUCGCAGCUUUUUUUGACGAGCGAGGAUCUGCUUCCUGUAGGCCCUGAGAAGCAGACAUGGUCGACGAUCAACUUUAUAGCAUUCUGGAUAGCAGACAGUUUCAACGUCAACACGUGGAUGAUUGCCUCCACGAUGGUUCAAGCAGGCCUCUCCUGGUGGCAAGCUUGGAUCUGCGUUUGGAUAGGCUACGGCGUAGUCGCACCCUUCAUCGUUGCGAAUGCCCGGCCGGGUGCGGUGUAUCAUAUCACUUUCCCGGUCGUUGCGAGGACGAGCUUCGGAUUGUGGGGUAGUAUGUGGUGUGUUUUUAAUCGCGGUGUUAUGGCAUGUAUAUGGUAUGGUGUGCAGGCCAGUAUUGGGGGGGAUUGUAUGAAGGUCAUGCUGCGAGCAAUGUGGCCCAGCAUUCAGAAUAUUCCCAACCAUUUACCUGCAUCCUCGGGGACGACCACAGAAGACUUCAUGUGCUUUUUCCUCUUCUGGCUCAUCUCUCUCCCGGCGAUCUGGUUUCCCAUCCACAAAAUUCGCCAUCUGUUUACGCUCAAAGCGAUCGUGGCGCCUACAGCGGGCAUCACUUUCUUUAUCUGGUGCAUCGUCAAGGCGAAGGGCGUUGGCCCGAUCAUUCACCAACCCGCAACCCUUCAUGGGAGCGCUCUUGGAUGGGUGAGUACGGUAUGGUUCAUCGCUGCUUCGUUCAUUAUUGCGCAGUUAGGAACCAACAUCUCCGCGAACUCAAUUUCUGCGGGUUGUGACCUGACAGCGCUAUUCCCUCGUUUCAUCAAUAUCCGUCGUGGUGGAUAUGUUGCAGCUAUUGUCGGUCUCUGCAUGUGCCCAUGGAAUUUGCUCAAGGAUGGCACCACUUUUGCGACGUACCUUUCUGCGUACUCAGUAUUCUUGAGCUCGAUCGCUGGCGUUAUGAUAACGGACUACUAUCUCAUCCGCAAAGGGCACUAUCGAGUUGCUGACCUCUACAACGCGCGAAAAGAUGGGUGGUAUAGCUAUACCUACGGCGUCAACUUCCGGCAUGUUUCUUUCUCCGCUGCAUCCAUAUAA